AUGAUGCCUCAACAGCCGGACCCCUCCCUGACUUCUCACAUUCCUGGACACAAGGCACCAUCCAUGGCCUCUAGGACUUUUGGUACCACCACCAUCGACCUCUCAGACUACGAGGACAGAGAAGGCAACGAUACCUACCGAGACAUGGAUGAAAACAGCGAUUCUGAAGCCGAGGACAGUGAGGAGGAAGAGGAGGACCAGCUCGAUGCACCAUUCGGAGACCGUCAGGCCCGCUUUUUGAGUAAGUUUAAAAAAGAAUUACAAUUUAAAUCUUUGCCCACACCAGAUUCACUGCCCACUCCGGAGCCACAGCAGAGAUCCACCCCCAGGGGACAGGUUAAGACAGUGAUACCAUCCCCGAACAGAGGCUCACAGAGUUCACAAAGUUGCCCUGCACGGCCCAACUCAUGGUAAGAGGUACAUAUGAACCCAAUCCUACCAGGAGCACUCUCAAUAAAAUACUGCAAGACACCCUAGAUGUUACAGGUGCAGAGCUCAUGCGCAGCAGAGUGGAGGAGGAACUCAGACAGGAAGUGAGAGACGAAAUGCUCAGCACCAUGAGAGAUGAGAUGCAGAGGACCAUCAGAGGCUCCACCGUCAACUAUACGGAUGACACGGACGCCAGUGAAGCCACAAUGAAACAAUAA